AUGGGAUUCUCGAAAUUUCCUGUGCGUUAUGGGAUCGUGCUCUUGACUUUUGUCUGCACUUUCGUCUGUUACAUAGAACGCGUGGGGUUUUCUAUAGCUUACACUAUUGCAGCUGAUGCUGCAAAUGUAAAUCAAACAAGCAAAGGCAUGAUACUUUCUACAUUUUAUUAUGGUUAUGCUUGUUCCCAAGUGCCUGGUGGUUGGGCAGCUCAAAAAGUUGGGGGUAGGCGAGUUCUCCUUCUUUCGUUCGUGCUGUGGUCUGCCACUUGUGCUCUGGUACCACUAGAUCCGAACCGAGUACUGCUGUUGGUUAUUGCUCGCUUGCUUGUUGGUGUGGCUCAGGGAUUUAUAUUUCCUUCUAUACACACUGUGCUUGCACAGUGGGUGCCUCCACAUGAGAGAUCAAGAUCAGUAUCUCUUACUACAUCUGGAAUGUAUUUUGGUGCUGCAGUUGGAAUGCUCAUUCUUCCUACCGUUGUGAAGUUUUGGGGUCCUCAAUCUGUAUUUCUGGCCGAAGCUGCCCUAGGUGCCUGGUGGUCUCUACUUUGGUACAAGUAUUCCAGUGAUCCACCACGAUCUGAGCAUCCAAAAGCAACUGCUGCUGGUUUUGGGGAGACCCUGCUACCUGUGAAAGGGCAUCAAAAGACAAAAUUACAAAAUGGAGGACAUUCAGUUAGAACUCAAAGCAUUCCAUGGAGGAAAAUUACCCUCAGCCUUCCUGUGUGGGCAAUUGUUGUGAAUAAUUUCACUUUUCAUUAUGCUCUUUAUGUGCUUAUGAACUGGCUUCCUACGUACUUUGAAUUAGGUCUUCAGCUUAGUCUUCAAGAAAUGGGUUCUUCAAAGAUGAUGCCUUACUUUAACAUGUUUAUGUUUUCAAAUAUUGGUGGGGUGAUUGCUGAUCACUUGAUCACAAGACGAAUCCUCUGUGUCACUAAAACAAGAAAACUUCUAAAUACUGUUGGAUUUCUUGUCGCAUCUAUUGCCCUGGUGACUCUUCCUUACUUCAGAACGUCGGAUGGAGUUGUGUUUUGUUCUUCUGUGGCUCUUGGCUUCUUGGCUUUGGGAAGAGCUGGAUUCGCCGUUAACCAUAUGGAUAUUGCUCCGAGAUAUGCUGGAAUAGUGAUGGGGGUUUCUAAUACAGCUGGUACUUUAGCUGGGAUAGUAGGUGUAGAUCUUACUGGCCGACUCCUGGAAGCUGCUAAAGCUGCUAACUUGGACCUAACUAGCCCAGAUAGCUGGAAAGCAGUGUUUUCAAUCCCUGGCAUUCUUUGUGUAUUGAGCUCUUUUGUUUUUCUGCUAUUUUCUACUGGAGAAAGAGUUUUUGACUGA